UUUUAGACCGAACAGUUCCCCAGAUUCCCCGGAUUCUCCAUGCCCGUCCCCGCUCCAAGAAUCCCAACGGCAAGCGGCAUCCGGGUUGCAGUCUGAUGAUGGCGGAUCAAGAUCAGCCGAGUCCCUUCGGGGUCGAAUCCGACCAGGCGAAUCCACCGGCGCGGAAAGCCGAUGGUCCACCAAAGAGCCGCAGCCGAACCACGACGGCCUGCAACGCGUGUCGGGUGAGGAGGACGCGAUGCGAUAGGCGCAGACCCGCGUGUGGCUACUGCCGAAACCGCGGACUGGAGUGCUACUACGAGCAGAGCCAGACUAGUUCCGCGUCUAGAGUGGAGGCCGAGCUCGCCGCCAUCAAUCGCCGGCUGGAUUACAUUACCAGCUCACUACAUGCUGCGCAUUCCUCGCAUCCACACCCACAACAGCCAGUAUCCCCGGCCGUGGACCCGGAUGACCAAAGCCACGCCGAGAGCAGCCAUGCCGUGACAGGGGUGGAGCGAUCGCCGUUCCAGCUGCUGGUGACGGACUGCAUGAUGGAGGUGCUCGGUCUCGGUCCGGGUUUUGCUCGGGAGCUGGUACGGCUCGAGCGAAACACCGCACCGUCUGCCGGCAUCGGCCACGCAGCGCGACUGCGCUUCAUCCAGCAGCAGCAAGCCCUCGCGGCGCUGGAUGCAUUCUCCGCCCAUGUGCACAUCUGGUACCCGAUCCUCCGCCCGGGCUUCUCGGAGCGCUACAUUAGCGUGCUUUCGGGUCCGCUGACGCCUGGUCCGGAGUCUUGUCUCGUGCUUGCCGUCGCCGCGGUGGGUGCUCUUGCGCAGGAAGAUCAUGCGCUACGGACAGGGGGGGCGCCAUCGCCGUGCUGCGAAAAUCGCAGCGCACUGUAUCUGGAGGCUGCCACGGCAUCACUGCCGGUCGUGCUCGUCGAUGACAGCAUCGAGAGCAUCCAGUCGUUGGUUCUCCUGAGCAUCUACCACUGCUGCCUCUCCCGGCCAUGUCAGGCCUACGACUAUGCCAUGACUGCCUCCUUCAAGGUGCAAAACCUACUCAAGUGUGUGGACGAGGGCAGGGGGGAGCUGUACGAACAGGCAAAGAGGUGCUACUGGGGUGUGCUACUGCUAGAGAGCGAGCUCCGCGACCAGCUCGACAUGGUGGACAGCGGGAUAUGGAACUACGACGACAAGGUCGAGCUGCCUGACGGGCGCCGCUCGUGGCAGUUUGAUCUCGAUGUCGGCUCUCCCGGCACCAUCACCGCGUCUCCCGGCAGCAGCGUCAGUCGAGCAUCGGCAGACGGCAGCGUUGUGAUUUCUGAUAAAUCCCAGGCAUAUUUCCUCGCCGAGAUCGCCAUGCGGCGCAUGCUACACCGCUGUUACACGGCCAUCCGCAGAACGCCCCGGGGCGAAUUCGUCUACGCCCCCGCCAUCGCCCUCGAGCUCGAGACACAGCUCGACGAGUGGCAGAGCUUUCUGCCCGAGGCGGUCCACUUCCGGCACUUGGCGGCCGCCCUGGAGGUGGAACCGCUCAGCAACUUCCUGCGCGUGCAGUACUACUGCUGCAAGAUCUCCAUCUACUGGCCGGCCGUGUACCAGUGCAUCCAGGACGGCCGGGCCACUUCGGCAGAAAUCCUCGAGCACAGCGAGAGAUUCUUUCACGCGUACAUCCAGUGUGUGCCCAGCAUGUUGAUGGCCGUCAGGGACUGUAUUGUCAACCGCUGGACACUCUACGCCACUAUCUUCAUGACCUCCAUGGCGGUCAUCCAGGCCGCGGGCACGCCCUGUCUGCGAGACGGAUGUGCCGUGGACUGGCCGCACCUGCUAGCCUCCUUGCAGUCGACGCGGUCGGUCGACAUGCGCAUUGUGCAAGCCAGCCCGUCACUAUCCCUACUGCACCGCACCCUCACAGAUCGGCUGGCAGAGGCGUGUCUUCUCAACCGUGACAACGACUCUGCAAGUCCGGUUACCGUUACAGUCCGUCCCAUACGGUGACACUCUCAAAUACGGCGCUGCCCACGCUUCCGGUUG